GGUUAGCUACAGACACAAAGAGAGGACUUCACUGUGACUGUGGGAGGCAGCUAACCAGCAAAAAUGUCUGACAGAGUGAUUGAUUUGGAAGAGACCGUGACCCACACAGGUCCAAAAGGAGUCAUCAAUGACUGGAGGAAGUUUAAGCUGGAAAGCAUGGACCAAGAAAACUUGCCACCUGCGAAAAGGGAACUGCUCAGACAGAUGUCAUCCCCUAACAGGCCAAAAGAUGACUCCAGAGCAAACCUUAACCGCAAGAUGAGUGUCCAAGAGUAUGAACUGCUUAAGGAGGAGGACGAGGGAUGUCUAAAGAAAUACAGGCGGAGGUGCAUGCAGGAGAUGCAUGAUAAGCUCAGCUUCGGGCCCAAGUUUGAAAGUGUGCAUGACCUGGACAGUGGAGAGGCCUUCCUAGAAGUCAUUGAGAAAGAGCAUCACAGCACAGUGGUGGUGGUCCACAUCUAUAAGGUUGGAGUCAAAGGUUGUGAGGAGAUAAACCACUGCCUUGACUGCCUGGCCACAGAGUACCCCACUGUAAAGUUCUGCAGGAUCGAUGCGGUUGCAUCAGGCGCUGCCGAGCGGUUCUCAGAUGAAGUUUUGCCUACGCUGCUGGUAUACAAGGCUGGAGAACUACUUGGGAACUUCUUGGCCUGCACACAGCACCUAAACGAGGAGUUCUUCGCCACUGAUGUGGAGGCUUUCCUGAACAGCUAUGGCCUGUUGCCGGAGAAAGAGCUGCCUGGCUUGGAAGAUGAAGAGGAAAACGAUGUAGAGUAA